AUGAGGAGGCUGGAGAUGACCCAGGCUGACAGAAGUUCAGCAUCCUUGGACCCAUCAUUUCCAAAGUUGCUUUGGCAGACAACACCCAGCCAGCAGGAGAGAGGAGAAGAGAGAAGAGAGGAUUGUUCAAGAAAGCCAGUAAGACGUUUAAGGGCAGAGAUGGUGGCUACUGAACCUUUGUGUGCCCCACAGUCUCCAGCACAAAGCAAGGGAACACUCAAUAUAGAAUACUUGAAUAUCCGAGCAUUAGUGUUUUUCAUGCAUUUCACAUAUUCUGCGGCCAGCGCGGGACCCGCCCCUCACGCGGCGGCAACCGGAGACGGCGGCGAGCCCCCCAGCCGCACGUGGGCUUCACCCAGCCGGUGCUUCGCUGACAGGCGGGUCGCCCGCGCUCCCCGGCCCGGCCUCCGCGCUGAUCCCCCGGGCGGCACCCCGCCUCCCUCGCACCCACCCCGCCAAGCGGGCGCCCGGGCGGCCCACACAGCUGGCCCGCCGCCCUCCCUUCCUUCCUCUCCGGUCGGCGCGAUCCCGCCCUGCCGCCCCUCACCUACCUGGUCACGGAGUUUGAGGAACGCCAUGGCGGUCGCCUCCGCCGCCGCCCCGGCCCACCGCUUCCGCCCCCGUAGCUUCGGUCUCUGCCCGGGGCCAGCGGGUCCGCGGCCGGCUGUGCUGAGUCCGCGGGCAGGGGGCGGUGCCGCCUCCCGGGCCGCCCGCUGCCGCUACCGAGAGGAGAUAGGAUCUAUUUUCCUUCCCUGUGACUCUGGAAGGCCAUGAGACUUGUUUUGCCUUGUGGAAUGCAGAAGUAAUGGUCAUACGAAUCCAGGCCUACUUCUUAAGAGGACUUGCAGUUUCAUGUUUUACUGUCAUGCUUAAGAAGAUUGGAAUUCUGGAUAAUUUGAGACCACAUCGAAAGAGAGAAGCCCAGGCAGUGUCCAGCCAUCCCAGCCAUAAAGCUGGGGCAUGAAAUGUGUGAAUAAAAUCUUGUGGGUUCUCCAGCUCCAGCCAGGCUGUCCCAGUGAACUGAACAGAGCAGAGAAACCAUCCCUGAGGAGCCCCACCCAAACUGCACAAUCAGAAGAAAUAAUAAACGGUGUUGUUUUAAGUCA